CUGCGUGCAACAAUGGCGACUUCGGUAGCUUCAGCGCAUUCGGCAGGAGAGGGCCUAGAUGCCGAAAAAAAAAACAGAUUCCAAGUGGAGCUUGAGUUCGUCCAGUGUCUUGCUAAUCCACAUUAUUUGAAUUAUGUCAUCAAAGAGCAUGUAAACACACUCAGAUUCCACUCAUGCACGGAUAAGAAACACUUCCCUCUCUGGACUCAACUGACCCAACGGCAUGAUUUCAAAGUAAAAUCAUCGACUACAGUCUGCAGCAACCACUUUAAAUACGGCCAGCCAUAUCCUGAUGAACUUCACCCAUCUUUAUUUUUGAGAGGAUACGACCUUCCUGAGACACUGAAAAGAGCACCGGUGAAGAGUCGAGCAUUGGAUCUCACUACACCACUGCCGGCCAUCUGAGAAAAUCAAAACC